AUGGAAAUCAGCGACCGUGCUCUAGUAGGCGAGCAGAAACAGUCGAAAGGCGGUGGCGUCUACAAGGCCCUCGCAGAGGGCGAGAUCAGAGUUCUAGUUCUAGCCCCUGGGAAAUUCGGCGCUCCUCUCAUUGCCAGUCUGGAUCAGAUUGGGCUGUCUCGGGCGAAGUGCGAUCACAUGGAUGACGACGUGGUCGACACGGACGACAGGCCUGGGGACAGCACGGAACAUCAGACAGAUGCGAAGAACAUCGUCGAGGAUGAGAGAGGAGAGGAAGAGGAGUACCACUAUGAGGCUAUCUCGUAUGCUUGGGGAGAGCCGAGGUUUACCUGCGACCUCCGUAUCCCAGGGUUUGGAAAGUUAAAGAUAACACAGACGCUCCACGACGCUUUGCAGUAG